AUGCCUCUGGACGACCUGAUUCCCAUCGGAGGGGCCUCCAAGGGCAAUGCAAGCUCGAAGCGAGGUGGGUCGAGCGAUCUCACGAGUGGCCUCAUCUCAAUCUCCGGUGCUCGCGACAAUGUGGACGUCGACAUGGACGACUUCGAUGUCGGCGAGUUGCUUGGAGACGGUCCGAGCAAAAGCAUGUCCAAGUCGAAGGAUAAAGACAAGAGCGACGACAAGAAGAAGAAGAAAUCCAAGGACAAGGACAAAUCCAAGAGCUCCAGCAGCAGCAAGAAGAAGAGCAAGUCGUCCAAGUCGAAGAAAAGCGCAUUUGAUGACGACGACGACGACUUUGGCAACGACGAUGCGGGUGACGAGUGGACCUCUUCAGCCAAGAAUUGGGAUAGCGCUGUGGAGCUGGAGAUGGCUGCGGCUGCAGCGGCACGAAGGAAGAACGGCGGUGGCAAGAUGGGAGGGGGAUUCGACGACGAGUUCUCCAAGAUGUUGGGGCUGGAUAGUGGAGACGUCGGUUCUGGAGCCAACUUCGAGUCUCCGCCAUUGUCUCCAGAACCGGUGACGGGGUUGAACAGGGACGAUGAUAAGGUUGACGAUGAUACCUUUGGGAUCUCUGGCUACACGCCGACAGUACGCGGGUCCAAGAAACUCGAUACCCCUGCUCCGGUCGAAGAGCCUGCCAAAGCGGGAGAUGACGGGAUCUCUGCAUCUUUUUUCCAAGACGACGGCAAAGGCGACGGAGAUUUAUCGUCGUUGUCCUCGUUUCUAGGACCACCUUCAGACCGACGAGGUGGCGGUCGUGGAGGCAGAAGACAGACCGGUGGUGCUGACUCAGACCCGUUCGGCUUUGGAUCCACACCUACACCAUCAACAUCGACCUUUGAUUCUCUCUUUCGAGGCUCCAGUCGAAGAAACAACCUCGAUGAUCCGUUCGCCAAGCCAACAAAGGACCCGCUUGAAGAGCAAAAUUCAAGGCGGCAAGGCCAAAAUGACCCCAUUGAAGAGCGGAAGACAGAUCAAGUGCGUGAGGACCCUCCUCGAGAUAGUUUCUCAACUCGUGAUACAGCUCCACCCAGCCAGCGCUUAUCUGCAAAAGACGAUUUACUUGCGGAUCUGUUUUCGUCCGAACCUCGCAGUAGUGCUCGAAGCGGUCGACGUCAAGAGGAAUCCUCCUUCUCCAAACAUGAUGAAGUUGAAGAUGACUACGAAAAGAAGGUCAAUGUGGAGAAGCCACCAGAGCCUUCGCCACCAGUAUUACCUGUUGCAGUUGCCCCCGCAAAGCAGCAGAACGACCUCCUGGCUGAGUUAUUCGCCGCCCCGUCCUCCUCCAAAAGCGCCACAUACGAUAAACCAAAAGCUGAGGAAGAAGCUCCAAAGCCGAAGCCUGCGGUUGUCGAGACAAAAUCUGCAACACCGCCCAAGGCGACAACUCCAGUGCAGGAAAAGGCUUCUGUUUUACCCACUGAAAGCAGCAAUGCCGACCUGGCGAGUGCUAGAGACAGCUUGCUAAUGGACUUGCUGGGUGGUCUGUCGCCUCCAAAGCCCAGUGAACCGCUGUUAUCUCGACGCCGCAGCCGCAGCUCCAAUAGCAGCAACAACAGCUCGCCCGAGAAAGAAGUUGGCAAGGCUGAAGACCCCUUCAAGAGCUCCUUACCGCCGUCACCAACUCAAUCGCAACCUCUUCCGACAGUCCCAGAGGCACCAGCAGAGCCACCAGUAGCUGCAGUCACAGCAAGCGAAAGACCUGUCACGCCUCCGUCACCGGGCCGGAGACGGUCGUUGACAAUGGACAAAGGCUCCCUUGCGAUCCGCGAGAGCGACUUCGAGCAGUCCAAAGACAGUCUCUUGGAGGAAAUCCUGCCCUCAUCACCAUCAGUUUCUGCUCGGAGCAGUCCUCAUCGACGCAACUCGUACUCGCAGUCCUUUGAGGCCGACGAAAGUGUCGUCGCUGAUGUUGCUGAGGAACCAGUAGAUGAAAUAGGCGAAGAAAAGAAGCCCCAACCUACCAAGAACACAGAGCACCAUGAACCUCAAGUGAUCCUUGCGCCGACUUGCAACUGCGACGAGCGCGAAGCCAAGCUCACCGCUGCCUUCGAUCUUGAACGAGCUGCACUGCAACAAAGAAUCGAUGAGCUUACGCAGCAGCUCGAGGCACAAGUGGCAUCAAGCAGCCAACUCACGCAGCAACUUACUCAACAACUUGAGGAGCGAGACGCGUCCAUGAACCAGCUCUCGCAGCAGCUUGAGGCGCGCGGAGCUGCCAACGCACAGCUCGCCCAACAACUUGCAGCAGCCGAACGUGCCAAACUCGAGGCUGAUCAACUCGCCGCAACCAGCAAAGAUGACGCCGCGAGCUUCCAACACCGCGCGGAGCUGCUGGAAGCUGAAAUGCGGGGACUACGCGAGGAAUUGUCCCGCUCCAAGCGCGCAGUACAGGACGCGGAGCUGGCGCUGGCUCGGAAGAUCGCUGAACAGGACGAAGCUGAUCAUUUAGAGCGACACCGAGAGAAGCGCGCGCUGGAGGCUCUUAGCGCCCAGAUGCAGCGGGCUUUGGCUCGACUCACUGUAUCACACCAAGUGCAGGAGGAAGGCUCUGGCUACGACAACUCCGCAGCUCGCAUCGCUGCUGAAGAUGAAGCUCGCCUUCGUGUUAUCGCCUCACUGGAAGGAAGCUCGAAGCGAGCUGCUCAACACGCCGAGCAGGAGCGCACAAAGCUUACCGAGUUGCUCCGAGAGCUGGAGGCUGGCGCUCGGAAUGCACGUCAAGGAGCUCUUGAGGACAAAGAGCGACUCCGACAAGAGCAGCAGCGGUUGGAUGCACUCAGCGCACACCUUCAAGCUCAGACUGCCGCAUUAAGAGACCAGGAAGCUUCUCACGCUGCGUAUAUGGGCAAGCAGCUAGCAGAAGCUCGAGAGGAUGCCCGGGUGUACGAAGCGAGGCUUGCAACUAGGCGGACGCAGCUGGAACGCGACGAACGCGCGCUGUACGAAGCAAGAGCUGAGUUCGCAGCGUUCCGCGAGCAAACUGCACUGGAGAUCGAGCGCGAGCAUGAAGAGCUCCGUGGGUCACGACUGGCACUUGAAGACGCUUGGCGCGAGCUGCGCGCGGAUCGGGAGGACCUUGAAGCGGAAUUGGCGAGCCACGAAGACGAGUUCCAAGCGCUUGAGAGCAUGCGGCAGGAGGUUCAGCAGGCUGAGACGCGUCUGGCAGAGCGCACUCAAGAGGUUGUAGCUCUAGCGGAGAAGCUGGACGCCGGAACGCGCGACGAGCACUUGAACGCGUGA